CAUCAACUCUCUCUCUCCCCCAUUAGUCAUUUUAGUCAUUGAGUCGUUUCAGCGUUUCAUUCUGUUCUAGGGUUUCUUCCACCCUCUCUCCGCCUUCUCCAAAUCCCCAAACUCCAUGGCCGAGAUCAUGAACUUGCCGGUAGAGUCCUUGGACCGCCGUCGCGACCGCAAAGAGAAGUCCUCCGAAGACCCCCAAUCUUCGCCCCAGCAAGAAGCACCGCCACCGCCACCGCCCCCUCCGCCCACGCGAAGGCGCGACAGGGACGAAGGUCGAGACGAUAGGGACCUCGACCGCCCUCCGAGUCGCCGGCCCGACUACUACGAUCGAAAUCGUUCUCCUCCGCCUCCGCCUAUUCGAGAUAGGGAGAGAGAUAGAGAGAGGGGCUAUAAGCGUCGGAGCAGCCUCAGUCCUCCUCCUCCGUACAGGGACCGAAGGCACUCGCCGACUCGGAGGUCUCCACCGCCGCCGUUCAAGAGGUCCAGGAGGGAAGAUGGAGGGUACGAGGGCAGGAGAGGGAGUCCCAGAGGAGGGUUUGGUCCUGGGGAUAGGAGGUUUGGAUAUGAUUAUACUGGAUAUGACCGUGAGAUGGGGGGUAGACCUGGUUAUGCUGACGAAAGACCUCAUGGUCGGUAUGCUGGACGGUCAUCUGGUGGCUAUGGUCCUCCUGACUGGGAUUCAGGACGCGGUGGUUUUGGUGAUGCUUCCAGCACUGGGACUACCCAAAGAGAAGGGUUAAUGUCAUACAAACAGUUCAUUCAGGAGCUUGAAGAUGACAUUCUGCCAGCUGAAGCUGAGCGCAGAUAUCAAGAAUACAGGACGGAGUAUAUUACUACUCAGAAGCGAGCUUAUUUUAAUGCGCAUAAAGAUGAGGACUGGCUCAAAGACAAAUAUCAUCCCACAAAUCUACUCACUGUCAUUGAAAGGAGGAAUGAACAUGCACGAAAAGUAGCAAAAGAUUUCCUGCUUGAACUGCAAAGUGGGACCUUGGACUUAGGCCCAGGUGUCAAUUCUGUAGCUCCAAAUAAAUCAGGACAUACAAGUGAACCAAAUUCUGAUGAUGAAGCUGACGUGGGUGGCAAGCGGAGAAGGCAUGGCAGGGAACCAAAUAAAGAAAAUGAACUUCUUUCAGCUGCUCCUAAGGCUCACCCAGUCAGUUCUGAGCCCAGACGUAUACAAGUUGACAUUGAACAAGCCCAGGCCCUGGUUCGCAAACUUGACUCUGAAAAAGGAAUUGUGGAAAACAUUUUAGCUGGACCUGAUAAUGACAAAAAUAGAGAAAAAUUGCAUGGUGGCUCCACUGGCCCUGUUAUUAUUGUACGGGGUUUGACAUCUGUCAAGGGCCUGGAGGGCAUUGAGCUACUAGACACCCUUAUUACUUAUCUUUGGCGCAUCCAUGGUUUAGAUUAUUAUGGAAUGAGUGAGUCAAAUGAAGCUAAGGGUCUCCGGCAUGUAAGAGCAGAGGGGAAGAGUUCUGACAUAAUGAGUAAUGGAGCUGAGUGGGAAAAGAAAAUGGACUUGCGUUGGCAAGAAAGGUUGCAGAGUCAAGAUCCCUUGGAAAUAAUGACUGCCAAGGAAAAGAUAGAUGCCACUGCUUCUGAGUCCUUAGAUCCUUAUGUUCGGAAGAUCAGGGAUGAAAAGUAUGGCUGGAAGUAUGGUUGUGGAGCCAAGGGUUGCACAAAGCUCUUUCAUGCUGCUGAAUUUGUGCACAAACAUCUUAAACUGAAACACCCUGAACUUGUGAUUGAGGUGACUUCCAAACUGCGGGAGGAGCUGUAUUUCCAGAAUUAUAUGAAUGAUGCAGAUGCACCUGGUGGAACUCCUAUUAUGCAGCAACCUGUACUGAGGGAAAAACCACAGAGACGUAGGCCAGGUGUAGAGAAUAGAUUGAAAGACGAACGUGGUAAUCGUAGAGAACGAGAAAAUCGAGUCAAUGGUGGUGAGAGAUAUGAUAGGUCUGAUAACAUGCAAUCAAGUGAAUUUCAGUCCAACAAUGAUGGUCCAGAAGGAGGAAAUCUUGACGAACCAAUGUUUGAUAAUUUUGGUGGACAAGGAGUACGUGUCGGUCCUCCUUUUCCGUCAGAUAUACCCCCACCACCUGUAUUGAUGCCUGUGCCUGGUGCUGGUCCACUAGGACCUUUUGUUCCUGCUCCACCUGAAGUUGCAAUGCAAAUGUUGCGAGAACAAGGUGGUCCUCCACCUUUUGAAGGCAGUGGUAGAAAUGUGUGGUCUGGACCCCAAAUGAGUGGGCCAGCCCCAAUUCUUGCUUUGUCGCCAGCUUUUCGACAGGAUCCUCGUCGUUUAAGAAGUUAUCAAGAUCUAGAUGCCCCAGAAGAUGAAGUCACGGUGAUAGACUACAGGAGCUUGUAGAUAUUUUUGUUGGCAGGAUGAUAAAAGACUCGACUGUCAUAUUGUUUCCAGGUAAAGGCAACUCCUGUAAAGUCCAACAAGGUUAACCACUGCGACCAAAUAAAACAAAAAGAAAUGAGGUCAACCACUUGAAAUUAUUGCAUCAUAACUGAAGAUUCAAGUUGUAGUGAAAUCUUGUAGGAUACCCUGCUACUCACUUGGAAACCACCGCACUUUUUUGUCGAUGAUGAUACUUCCGGCUGAGAUAAUAUGAUAGGGAUGUAACUCAUGUUUUUCUUUUUAGCUCCACUUGAUUUGCUGACAGGUAAAAACGAUUAUUGUUGAAUUCCUGGUGGGAAUAUUGAUGUGUCUUCGAAAUCAUGUCUCUGUAAAUUGAAGUUGUACACUAGAUUCCAGAUGGUUUUCAAUUUGUUUUAAUUUUUUUGGGUCAUGACUUUCAA